AUGUAUCAUCAGGAAGGAGAUCUCAUCAUUGGUGGCAUCGCUUAUCAUGGCAGCUUUGUCGCCAGUGAAAGCGAAUUCAAAGAAGAACCCCUACCAACAUUAUCAGAAUCGGUUGUUGUAAUACCUAAGCAUUACCAGCACAUUGUGGCCUUGGACUUUGCAGUAAAGGAGAUCAAUGAAAAUCCUCAGAUGUUACCCAAUAUCACUUUGGGCUUCCACAUUUAUGACAGCUAUAACAAUGCCAGGUGGACCUAUCAGGCCACAAUGCUGCUUCUAUCAGCACUGGAGAGAUUUAUCCCAAACUACAUUUGUGACAAAAUGAAAAAUCUGAUAGCAGUUAUUGGGGGACUGGAUUCUGAAAUUUCCAUGAAUAUGGCAACUCUCCUGAAUAUCUAUAAGGUUCCACAGCUCAUCUAUGGCUCCAUUCCACAGAUGAAUUAUAAAACUCUAGGCCUUUCUUUCUACCAGAUGGUCCCUAAGGAAACCCUUCAAUAUGCAGGGAUUCUCUCUUUGCUACUACAUUUCAGGUGGACAUGGAUUGGAGUCUUUAUAAUGAAUGAUGAAAGUGGUGAAAGAUUUUUACAAACUGUAUCACCAAUGUUUUCCCAUAGUGGAGUUUGCUUUUCCUUCAUACAAAGAGUCCCUAUGUUGACUUCCAUUGAUGAAAUUAAAGAAAUACUUGAAGAAGGUGCAAAAAUGCAUAGUGAAGUCAGGAAUAGUACAGCCAAUGUGGUUGUUUUUAAUGGAGAAUCUGUUUCCAUGUAUUUUUUGAGAUGGCUUCCAUAUUUUGCACAACAUCCACCAAGUCUACCAAAAGGAAUAGUGUGGAUAACAACAGCUGAAAUGGAGCUCACUUCACAGGUCUAUCAAAAGGAUUGGGAUACCCAAAUAUUCCAUGGUGUUCUGUCCUUCACAAUCCACUCCAAUGAUCUGCCAAAAUUCAAAUCAUUUGCUGAGAGCCAAAGUCCUUCAAGUGCAAAGGCAAAUGGUUUUAUCAGGGACUUCUGGCAACAGGCAUUUGGCUGUGUUUUCCCAAAUCCAGAUGUGGGAGAUGUGGAGGGGGAUAUUUGCACUGGGGAUGAGAAACUGGACAGCCUUCCGGCAACGCUUUUUGAAACCAGCAUGUCUGGCCACAGCUACAGCAUCUACAAUGCUGUUUAUGCUGCUGCUCAUGCUUUACAUCAGGCACUGCCAUCUAGACUCAAACAGAGAGCAAUGGAAAAUAGAGAGGGACUGAAAUGGCAAAAUCAACAGUUGUGGCAGCUACAUCAAUUUCUCAGAAAUGUCACGUUUAACAACAGCGGUGGGGACAAGAUUUUCUUUGAUGAGUUUGGGGAGUUAGUGGCUGGAUUUGAUGUGAUCAACUGGAUUGUUUCUUCAAACCAAUCAUUUCACAGAGUGAAAGUUGGAAGGGUGGACCCCAACAAAGUAUUCACCAUCAAUGCAGAUGAGAUAACAUGGUAUAGCACGUUUAACCAGUUUCAGCCUCUUUCCUUAUGUAAUGAGAGGUGCCCCCCUGGCUUUAGGAAGAAAUUGAAAGAGGGAGAGCCAUUUUGCUGUUAUGAUUGCAUCCCCUGUCCUGAAGGGAAGAUUUCAGAUCAGGAGGAUAUGAAUGACUGCAAUCAAUGUUCAGAAGAAGAAUAUCCAAACAAUAAUCGGGAUCUGUGUAUUCCCAAGGAUAUAAGCUUCUUGACUUACGGAGAACCUUUGGGGAUCAUUUUAGCCUGUUUUGCCCUUUCUUUUUCUUUCAUCACAGCUCUGGUCCUGGGAACAUUUUUGAAGCAUCACAACACACCCAUUGUUAAAGCCAACAACCGGGACCUCACCUACACUCUUCUCAUCUCCCUCCUGCUCUGCUUCCUUUCUGCACUGCUGUUCAUCGGCCGACCUGGAAGGGUAUUCUGUCUCCUUCAACAGACUGCUUUUGGCAUAAUCUUCUCAGUGGCUAUUUCUUGUAUACUGGCAAAAACUUUCACAGUGGUUCUGGCUUUCAUGGCCACCAAACCAGGAUCCAGGAUGAGGAAGUGGGUGGGGAAGAGAAUGACCAAUUCCAUUGUGGUUUCCUGUUCCCUUAUUCAAAUAGGUAUCUGUAUUGCUUGGCUGGGAUCCUCACCCCCAUUCCCUGAUGCUGACAUGCACUCAAUGGCUAAGGAAGUUGUACUAGAAUGUAAUGUGGGAUCUGUGACUAUGUUUUACUGUGUCCUGAGCUACAUGGGCUUCCUGGCUCUUGUCAGCUUCACUGUGGCUUUCCUUGCCAGGAAGUUACCUGACAGUUUCAAUGAAGCCAAGUUCAUCACUUUCAGUAUGCUGGUCUUUUGCAGUGUUUGGAUAUCUUUCUUUCCAAGCUACCUCAGUACCAAGGGAAAAUAUAUGGUAGCUGUGGAGAUCUUCUCUAUCUUAGCCUCUAGUGCUGGACUUCUGACUUGCAUUUUUGCCCCCAAAUGCUACAUUAUUGUGUUGCGGCCUGAGCUGAACAACAGGGAACAUUUAAUAAGAAAUAAAGGCUGA